AUGCCACGUCCUCAUACUGGGCUCUUCGCCCGGCGACCUUGGACUUGUAUUCAAUGCAGAGCCCAUUCAUCGAGCGCGCAAGCUCGUAAGGGCAAGACCAACCUCCCCGAUGCUCCCGCGCGCACGCGUUUUGCGCCUUCACCGACCGGCUACCUUCACCUUGGAUCUCUGCGAACUGCGCUCUUCAAUUACCUGCUUGCGAAAAGAACCGGUGGUCAAUUCUUGCUACGUAUUGAAGAUACCGAUCAGAAACGGACAAUUCCUGGGGCGGAACAGAGACUAUAUGAUGAUCUACAGUGGGCAGGACUUCACUGGGAUGAGGGUCCUGUUGUCGGAGGCCCAUACGGACCUUAUAGACAAUCUGAGCGAACUGCCUUAUACCGAUCUCACGCCGACGAUCUGAUCUCCAAUGGACAUGCCUACCGAUGCUUCUGUUCUUCAGAACGACUCGAUGCUCACGCCCGCCACCGAAGUUCAGCCGGACUGCCUCCAGGAUAUGAUCGAAAGUGUGCAGAUAUCUCAUCCGAGGAGUCGCAAGAUCGGGCACACAAGGGAGGGGCACAUGUUGUCCGGUUGAAGGUGGAUGGGUAUCCCAUGUUCAACGAUUUGGUCUAUGGCAAGACGGGCCAGAAUAAGCCAAACAACAACAAAUUGGAUUUUAUUGAUCGUGUAUAUGAUGAUCCGAUCAUGAUCAAGUCAGACGGUUUUCCUACAUAUCAUUUGGCAAAUGUUGUGGAUGACCAUUGCAUGGAGAUCACACAUGUAAUCCGGGGCACUGAAUGGAUGCCCUCUACUCCUAUGCAUAUGGCAUUGUAUAAUGCAUUCAAGUGGACGCCUCCGCGUUUUGGUCAUGUUCCUCUGCUGGUGGACAAGUCUGGACAGAAGCUGAGCAAACGAAAUGCGGACAUCGAUCUCUCUUCAUUCAAGGAUCGGCAGGGAAUCUUCCCGGCUACAUUGGUCAACUUCGCUGCUCUUCUAGGCUGGUCGCAUUUACAAAAGUCCGACAUUUUCGACUUGGGAGAACUCGAGCAGAUUUUCAAUCUGAAGAUCACCCGCGGCAACACUAUCGUCGCCUUUGAGAAGCUCUGGUUCCUUCAAAAAGCGCAUGCUCAGCGCUUCGCAGCAACUGGUGGUCCCGAAUUUGACGACAUGGUCGACAGAGUAUGCAACGAGGUCAAAGAAAGUCACUCCGAAGAAGAUCUUACCCCCCUUCUCAAAGGCCGUACCCUAGCAGAGUACAUCGCCCCCCUCCUCCGCGCCGACGCCAAAUCCUACACCACAGCGCCGGAAUUCAAGGAGCGCAAUUCAACAUUCUUCACUACAAAGCUCGAUCGAGCCCCCUUUGUCCCAACAACCACUUCUACAUCCCCCUCCCCACCCUCAGUCCCCAUGCAAGCCCUGCACACCGCGGCAGCCUGUCUAACUCUCGUCCCACCCAGCCAUUGGACAAUCGAAACCCACCGUUUCAACGUGAACUCCUAUGAUGGCUCUGAUGCCGUCGUGCUUUCUUCUGAGACUACAGGGUCAAAGGAUAAGAUUUUCAAGAAGGAACUCUACCAUUACCUUCGUUGGGCACUAUCUGCAUCGGCACCUGGUCCUGGGAUCCCGGAGACGAUGACCAUCCUCGGGAGAGAUGAGACUGUUCGCCGAAUCCAGGAUGCUAAAGCUUUGACGCAAGAUCUUGUUCCAUUUGUUGGGAGACGCGUUCCUAAAGGGAAGCAGACUAUGGGUGAGGAUAGAAGCUGGAUGGGAUCUCUUGCUGGUGGGCAAUAG